ACACUCGUGACAUGACUUCUGAGGCGAAGAUGAAGUCAAAAACCAAACUUUCCUUUUGAAUUGGCUCGUAGGUUCGGGACUAUGAGCAAAGCCCAAAAAGCAAGAAUGCAUCUGACCUCUCAUUCAAAAGCCUUUUCCAGCAUGCCUACCUCCAUCCAACUUCACCUUCGAUUGCAUCGCAUGAUGGAGAAAACCGAUCAAAGCCAGCACCACUCAGGGAGGUACCGAUCAAAUCAUAAGAGCGAGGUCUCACCUCUGAUCAGACCCGAGAGAGCAGCUCACACCACCUCGAAAUUACACCCAGAGCCUCAAUCGCCGUCUUCGAAUACCCACUCCAUCUCGCCCUCCACUACUCAACAACCAUCGAAUCUUAGAGCAUGGGGCAAAGACGACGACACGACUGCAGUGGUCACCUUUCUCCGUCUCGCCCUCUUGGUCGCCCAGUUAAUGCUCGCGAUAGGCAUUAUAGUCAGCUUAUGCCAAGUCCACGAAGUUAUUGAGAAGUUCACCAAUGUGGUGGAGACGUCGACUAUCACUACGACUACGACGGCGAGGGUUACUUUUACUGAUUGGAGUGCGCCGUUGAUUACGAUGACCAAGAAGACGAAGACGGUCACAGAGACGGAGACUCAGACGGUGGUUCAGACUGGAAGGGAGGCCAUCGAUAGGAUGAAGAGGAGAAGAGAUAGAGCGGCAAGGAAGACAACGGUGGAUACGGUUUACACGCCUGAGGUUACGAUGCCGAUGGUUCGAACACUCAUGUUGCUCUCGGGGCCAUGAUCACGAGGGGUAGAGGAAACUUUGGCAUACUUCCAGAUCGCCAAAGUGUCAGUCGAAACUUGCUCGACAUUAGAGUAUCACGGAAGUCAAUUGCGAACAUGAUUUCAAUCUCAU